AUGUACGGUUUGAAAGUUUCUGCAUUGGUUGCUUUGGCUAUUGCCAUUCCUCAGGUCGUGGCCACCCCUCCAGCUUGUUUGUUGGCCUGUGUUGCUCAGGUCCAGAAGGGUUCCGACUGUAGCAGCUUGAGCGACUUGUCAUGCAUUUGUUCUGAUGAGUCUUCUGCUGUUGAGAAGUGUUUGAACGACAUCUGUCCAAACGACGAUGCUAAGACUGCUAUCUCUGCUUUUGAGUCUUCUUGUUCCGGCUACUCUGUUUUCUCUAGCUCCGCCGAGUCGUCAUCUUCUGAGGUUUCGUCGUCUAGCCUGGCUGCUUCCUCCUCCUCCGCUGCUUCGUCUUCCGCUGCGUCCUCCUCCUCCUCCUCCUCUUCGGCUGCUGCUUCCUCUUCGGCUGCUGCUUCGUCUUCCGCAGUUGCUUCCUCAUCUGCCGUCGCUUCCUCUUCUGCUGUCGUUUCUUCUGUUGCCUCUUCCACCGAGGUUGCAUCAUCUACUCAGGCUGCCGCUUCUUCCGAGCAGGCUACCAGCUCUGCCGCUGUAUCUUCGCCUGCCACCACUGUUGUCACCAGCAGCACCCAGGCUAGCUCUUCUGCACCAGCCAGCGUUGUGCCAACUGGUGGAGCCUUCAAGGCCGGAGCCUCUUUCGGUGCCGCAGUUGUUGGUGUUAUCGGAGCCUUGAUGUAA